AUGGUUGCUGUCCUUAGCCCUAAGGAAAUAGUGUCCAUGCCGACCCUUGAAGAGUUUAACCGAAAUAUUGUCAGAGAAAGGGAAGGAAAUAAAUCUCUUCUUAGUGGAAAUGCAUGUCUGAAUCUGAGAGAAGGCAUUGGCUUUGUUGGUGAGCUUUCUUUUACACACACCUCAAUCUGGAUGAACAAUCGUAAGUUCAGGUUGGGUGCAAGAAUUGUGGAUAAUUUUAAUGGGACUAGAGUAAGAGAAGCAGAGACAGAACCUUUCAUCAUCAAGGAUCGACGCGGCAAAUUGUACAAGAAGCUUGACUCUCCAUCUCUAUCUGAUGCGGUGUGGCGGCUAAAAAACAUUGAUAGACGUGGUGCUUUCUAUAAGCGUUUGAGUGUCGGAAACAUAAAAACAGUGCAGCAAUUUCUGACUGAAUUCUUUUUACACCGUCAAAGGCUCCAAGUCACUCUUGGAACGCACAUGUCUGAUAAAAUGUUGAAAGAAACUGUGGACCAUGCUCUGACAUGUAAACUUGAUGAUUGGUAUUCGUACUACUCGGGCAGUUCGCAGCAGAAAAUUGGUGUCGUUUUCACUGUUGUGGGACAAGUGCUGGGAAUACUCUCUGAAUGCGGUUAUGUUCCUAUGGAGAAGCUUUCUGCAACACAAAAGGUUGACGCCCACAAGUUGGUAGUAUCUGCAUUUGAACACCAGGGGGAAGUAGUCUCUGUUGAUAGGAAUUCUCUUAGUUGUGACUCGUCUAACUUAUCGAAUGCACUUCACUCUAAUUCACCCAUAUUGGAGAAUCCUAUAAGUCAUAAUAAUGGGACUUCUCCGGGUAUCUUUUCACCCGAUUAUUUCAAUCGGAGUGUGAGCAGUACAGAUGAUUUUGGCAUUUCUGGUAUGGACUUAAUGGGUUCCCUCCCUUGAAGUCCUCCUUACUAUUUCUCCAAAUCCAUGAUUCAAGAGCGUGAAGAGGAGUGUCCACAGUUUUGAGAGAUCAUUGCAAGACUCAAGCUGUGAUCCCAGGAAUUGAAUCACGUACCGAUUAACAAAGUGAUAGGAGUGACACUGGAUUGGUGAGUGAUCAGGCUGUUAAGGCCCAGAAGAUAUGGUUAAAAACAUCUAUUGUGCUGAGAUUCCAACGAAGAAUUAGGAUUGUGAAAUUCAACUCAGAAAAGGCAGAGGUGUUCUUAACGGACUGUGCAGAAAGAUUCCUUCAAUCUCAGUUGCAUAUACAGUGCUAAUUUACCCUUUUUUUUUAAUAGGAAACUGUACUCUUGAAUGAAUGCAUCUGUAACAGAGCAUUCAACGCUAUGUUUUUUCUUUUCUUCUACUUCUGUGUUUGUUCUUUCUUCAAGAACACAACAUUCACAUUUUUUCUUUUAUUAUUUAUGGCAAAUGCUAUUUAGUGUCCAUAGCCAUUAUUUAAUGUUGAGAAGUGAGUAAAAAAUAUUUUGAAAAUAUGUAAAAAUAUUAAAAGGUAUAUUAAUAUCAAUAAAAGUACAUUGGAG